AUGCCGGAUGAUGCCAAGGAGGCGGAUUGGCGCUGGUGCUGGCAGGGCCUCAUUGCUGGCACUGUGGCAACCAGCGAGCUGGGCAAGGUGGCAUGGUCCCGCUGGCUGAACGAUGGCUUCGGUUACUGGUGGGUCACUACUGGCGGCUUCUCCUUCUUCCACAAUGGCGAGCGCGGUCAGAUCAUUGAAGCGCUUCUUUCCUUGACCCUAGCGCUGCUGGUGUUGGACUUGGGCUUGGACGCGGUGUCGCAGCUGUGCGGGAGCCGCGCCGCCAGGCUGUGCCACGUCCUCAGCGCCUCGUCUCUGGCGCUGCUCAGCGCCGCGGACUUGGCGCUCUUCGUGGGCGCUGGGGGCGCCCGCGUCUCGCUGCCGCUGGUCCUCUUCGCACUCCAAGAGUCCGCCUACGUCUUUCGCAUGGUGCGGCCCUGGCUGCACUUCGUCCUUGCUGCCUCAGCGCUGCUCGCGCUGCCCGGGAUUCUUCUGCUGAUGGCGGUGAGAACUCGGGUGAAGUUUCACAGGGAAGCGCAGAGUGAAGGGAAGAGAAAGCCGCGCUGGCGGAUACCGCAGACGCUGAAGCUGUCGCUGGGCGGCUACUGCGGAUGGGCGUUGUGGCAGAUCCGGGGUGAGUCCGAGGGUGUCGGCGCGGAUUUGCUGAGCCAACUGGCCUCAGACCUGGGCCAAAUGCUCUACGGCCAGCUCUUGCCCUCGGAGACCCGGGAGGCCUUGAGCUUGCACAGCACCUCCCUCCCGGCAGAGGGCGGCCCGCCGGUGUUCCCACCUUUGCUGAUCUUCCACUGGGAGGCGGGCGCAGAUGUGCUGCUGGAUGCUGCGAAUGGCAAUGCAACGCCUUACCUCCAGCGCCUUCUGAAGAGGCCGGACGUCUUCUCCGGCAGCGCAGUGACAGGGGUGCCGGUGACGCUGAAGACUGCCUGGGAGGUGCUGUGCGGCACACCGGCCUCCGCCUCCGCGGACUUCCGUGAGCAGGGCAGCGCUUUGAGGCGCGAAUGCCUUCCGCGGGCCCUGCGGCGCUGUUGCAACUACCGCUCGGUGCUGGCCAAGACGGACCAGGAGCUGCCGGACCUCCCGCGCCGCGUCUUCGGAUUCGAGGAGACGAUCGUUGCAGAGGACAUGGAUGCCUUGCUGCCCAAGUUCCUCGGCGCAUCGAUUUGGUUGCAGCCAACAUGUCCAGUCUCCCCAUGGGUGUAG